CCGCCAUGCUUGUCAAGCGCACGUCCCUGCUGAUGGCAAAGGACAAGCCAUCAUUCUUGGCGGAAAUCAAUGCUAUCCUAGCUAAGAGGUGGGACGGUCAACAGCAUAACCCACUGCACGCUCUCGGGUGGCUCCUCAACCCCCGCAAUCAGUCCAUGGGGAAAGUGCGGAACGACAAGGAGGACGGCUGCCCGUUCAUCUGCCCGAGGCAUCAGUGCAAGCAGUGGGGGUGCCGGGCAGCAGUGGCCGUGGUGUGCCGCAGCUGCCCCUCCUCCUGGUGCUCCCUGCACGUGCCACCCUCCUCUGUCGACUGCGAGCCCUCGUUUCUGAGAAGGUUCCGUGUGCAGCCGCAAGUGCGCAUCACCAUCUGCCCCUCCUGCCAGGACACAAUCAUGGCUUUGAUCGAUGGCAUCACACACACCUGCACUCCCUCACAUGCACGCCCUCACAUGCCCGCCCUCACAUGCCCGCCCUCACAUGCCCGCCCGUCUCCCCAAGCAUCUCGUGGCCUGCCAGCACACUAUGUGCCCACAGCCACUGCAGUGAGCCACCGUUAUGGCAAGCGGCCGCGGAGAAGCGUCCUCACUGUGGGUGGUCAACCGCUAUGCUUCUGCCCCGCCAUGCCCGUGGGCGUUGCCUACCCAACCACUCAUUUCCCUCAUCGCCCCCCCCACACCCCCCCCCUUGCGGGCCCCUGGCAGGAGUUGGAGCAGAGUGUGCCCUUCCAGAGCCACAGUGUGCGGGGCGGAGCGCCUGCUGCCGCUGCUGCUGCUACUGUGCAGACUGUGAGAGGGCAUCAGCCACUCGUGCAAGGGGCCGCACAGCAGCAAGAGCAGCAGCAACAGCGUCACGAGGAGCAACAGCAGCAGCAGCAGCAUCAGCAGCAGCAGCAGCAGCAGCAGCAGCAGCAGCAGCAGCAGCAGCAGCAGCAGCAGCAGCAGCAGCAGCAGCAGCAGCAGCAGCAGCAGCAGCAGCAGCAGCAGCAGCAGCAGCAGCAGCAGCAGCAGCAGCAGCAGCAGCAGCAGCAGCAGCCAGCAGCAGCAGCAGCAGCAGCAGCAGCAGCAGCAGCAGCAGCAGCAGCAGCAGCAGCAGCAGCAGCAGCAGCAGCAGCAGCAGCAGCAGCAGCAGCAGCAGCAGCAGCAGCAGCAGCAGCAGCAGCAGCAGCAGCAGCAGCAGCAGCAGCAGCAGCAGCAGCAGCAGCAGCAGCAGCAGCAGCAGCAGCAGCAGCAGCAGCACAGCAGCAGCAGCAGCAGCAGCAGCAGCAGCAGCAGCAGCAGCGCAGCAGCAGCAGCAGCAGCAGCAGCAGCAGCAGCAGCAGCAGCAGCAGCAGCAGCAGCAGCAGCAGCAGCAGCAGCAGCAGCAGCAGCAGCAGCAGCAGCAGCAGCAGCAGCAGCAGCAGCAGCAGCAGCAGCAGCAGCAGCAGCAGCAGCAGCAGCAGCAGCCAGCAGCAGCAGCAGCAGCAGCAGCAGCAGCAGCAGCAGCAGCAGCAGCAGCAGCAGCAGCCAGCAGCAGCAGCAGCAGCAGCAGCAGCAGCAGCAGCAGCAGCAGCAGCAGCAGCAGCAGCAGCAGCAGCAGCAGCAGCAGCAGCAGCAGCAGCAGCAGCAGCAGCAGCAGCAGCAGCAGCAGCAGCAGCAGCAGCAGCAGCAGCAGCAGCAGCAGCAGGAACAACAGCAUCAGCAGCACCAGCAACAACAGCGUCAACAGCAACAGCACAAGCAGCAGCAGCAGCAGCAGCAGCAGGCAGGGUGAGCGCUGUGGACGCUCAUGGUGGCAUGGCGGCAGCAGGUGGGAUGGUGGCAGCCGGUGGGGCCACGGGGACAGGUGGAGGUGCGCAGGGAGGCCGUGACAUGCAUGGGGUAGCAGGGAUGGGCAUGGCGGUGCAUGGGGUGAUGGGUCAGUAUGCCCCUGUCAUGGGACAGCACCCCAUCAUGGGCCUUCAGCCACAGCAGCAGCCGCAGAUGGGGCAGCAACAGGCGGCACAGCAGCAGGUGAUGGGUCAAGGCGUCACAUCAGCAUCAAGGCAGCAGGGGCUUAUCAUGGGGCAGCAUGCAGCAGCAGCAGCAUCGGCAGGGGUGGGAGCUCCAGUCAUGGCAGCAGCAGCAGGUGGGGCAGCAGGGGCAAGGGAGUGGGCGGAGGUGUUGGAGGAGAUUCGGUUUGUGCCCAACAACCGCCCUGCUGACAUCUUCAACCUCCUCCAGCUGGUGAGACGCCCCUGUCUGGCGCUGCCGCUAGCAAGGGCGCAGGGCUUGGCACCAGAGGCGUUGGCAGUGUUGGAGCGAGCUGCCUCCGCCGCCGCUGCUGCUGCCUCCUCUCCCUCGUCCCUCCCUGCUGGCCCCAGCCCUGGCUCCUACCGCCCCUCCGGCGCUGCUGCUGCUGCCAAGACCAUGGCCCUGCAG